UAUCUCGUUGUUUAUUGUGGCAGUGCAACACCCAGAGUAUAGACUCUGCACAUGUCUCAGUGAAAAACUUGGGAAAGCCUGUGCCAUGCGUGGGAGCAUUUGAUUGACAUUCUGCCUGUAGGCGACUUAAGUGAAUGGCUGUGCCGCUGUCACACCUGAGGCUGCAGCAAACAGAGCCUGGGUACAGCGUCCGAACGUGACCGCGUGCGACAAACAACGAGCCCGCGUGCGGCCCUCGCGCGCCGCCGUAGCUGGAGGACCAUCCCCGAUUGGAACCCGGGCCCUGGGCCUCUCGCGCCUUUCGGACUCCGGACCCGACACCGGAGCCCGGCGUCCCCCCGCCCCCGCCUCCAGCAGGUUCUAGCGCUCAAUGCUCGGCCGCAUCCGCUCCUGCUUCUCAUCUGUCGGUCUGUUUGCAACAUGCCGCAGGGGAGAUCCGGACGCCAACAGGACCUUCAGGUAUUCGUGCAGCCCGUCCCCGCCGCCGCUGUCGCCGAGCAUUGGGAGAACGUGGAGCUGCUGGCCCCCUGUGCCCGCGACUUGCUCCGGCUGCAGUUUGGACCUGGCUUCUGGAAACCAGUGUUGUGUGAUCCAUGUGCCAGAAUUAGAAUGUGAAAGGUCAACAUGUUUGCAACUUCCAGCUUCCAUACCUUGCAGUGCUCCUGCGGAGAAGCUGGACUUCCAGUGUUGUGGAAAGUUUGCAUUAUCUCAAUGUUUUAUGAAGUUGGACUGGCCCGAUAAAUUCAAUUGUUCCAAAACAACGCAUUGUUUGGAAAGAAGUUUGGUCUUUUAUCUUUUAAACUUUGUACGCCAUUAUUCAGUUUUACUUCUAAGACCUAUUUUUAAAGUGUGUGAACCGGACACCAGGUACUUUGCAAUACGGCCCUUGCGUUCACUAUUUUUUAGGGCAAUGGAAGUAGUGUCUUUAAAUACGGAAGAAGAUAAUACAAUGAUGCUUCUCGAUUAUGAUCAGCAAAGCAACGAAGAACAUCAGGCGGAGUUAACACUUGAGCCUGCAACUUGCGUAGGGGAUUCGCCUGCUAACUCAGGCUGGUUACUUUCAGAUUCAAAUGAUAAAGGCUGUCUGCAAAAUGAUGUUCUUGAGGGUACAGAAAAAACAGAGGAAACAAAAGAAAAGAGGUUGAAAGCAAAGAAGCAGAAGAAAAAUCAAUCUGCUGCAAAGAACGAAAUUAAAAGUCUUCUGGCAGAACUUCCAUUUGCAAAAGCUGAAAUUAGGGAAGAGUGUGGCUUCACUGCACUCCCUGAAAAGACUUCGAAGAAAAAGAGAAAGAGGACUUUAGGUGGUGAGAAUGAAGAUGAUGCAGGUCAAAAAAAGAAGAAAAAGGUUCAUCCAAAUUACUUUGUAUCUAUCCCAAUAACAAACCCAAAGAUUAUAGAUGGCAUCAAGGCUGUACAACACAUUGUCGUCCAAGCGGAUGAAAGACUCUCCAAGGCCAUGAUACCAGUUGCCUGUCUCCAUGUAACCAUUCUUGUGAUGCACCUGGCAAAUGAGGUGGAGGUAAACAAAGCGGUGAAUGUUGUUGAAGAAUGCAAGGAGACAGUGCAGGAAAUCCUGCAGGGAAAACAGCUGGCUCUGCGAUUUCAAGGGAUUGCUGAUUUUAGAGGUGAAGUUGUUUUUGCCCAACUGGUGCAAAAUGAACACUUGGCAACACUAGCUCUCAUUGCAGAGACUGUGAAGACAAGGUUCCAAGCAAAUGGCAUUUUGACUGCAGACAGCCAAGCUUUUAAACCUCACCUGACCUUUAUGAAACUAUCAAGGGCACCAAAACUACGUCACCAGGGAAUUAAGAAAUUUUCUCCAGAACUCUAUAAAAAUUUUGAAGAUCAUUAUUUGGGUGAUGAGAUUGUGACUUGUCUACAUCUUUGCUCAAUGCUGAAGAAGAAACAACCAAAUGGUUAUUAUCACUGUGAGACAUCGGUUCCUGUGGCCAUUUUAACUCUUGUGCGUUAA